AUGGCCAGUUUUAGAGGCAAAAAGUCCAUUUUUAAAGUGAAAAAUUUUUCAAAAGUAAUGAUGCCAAUUAGUUGCUAACAUUUUGGAAUAGACAAGUGCAAAAUAUUAAAAUCAGGUGGCAACCCAUAACUUAACUACAACCUGUCAAAGUUUGAUGUUGUUUGUUUGUUUUGUUUUCAUACAUUUGGCGCUUAAGUUAUAGAGAAAAAUAAAAGUGCGACAAACAAAAAGUAUUCUGCUUAUUAAUUUUUUGAAAAAUGGAAAAUACUCAGAAAGGUAUAUAAAUAUUAGUUUUUGUAAAAAAAAAGUGUAAAAUUGUUUUAUAUUACAUCAUUAUUAACGUUAAAGUGUGUCGUCUUUUUUAUGUGAUUUUGGUGUUUGUUUUUGCGUUCCAUGGAGUAGUACUUUGUUUAUCGGGACGUAUUCACUAAACUAUUUAUAUGUUUAGAAUGGCAUUAAUGUCUACUUUAAUGUGUUUAUAAUUCCAACUGCUCAUAACUGCACCCCUGUGCGAAAUUUACGAUUUUAGAUUGCAUAAAAAUCCAAAAUGCGCAAAUUGCAAAAUUUUGGUUGGAAAAUAAUCGAAAUGCUACCACUGUUAUUAAUUGGAUUUGUGAUAAAUUUCAAAAGAAAUCUAAUGAAGUCUCCAUGAUAGCUAUUAGGAAAAAGAUUAACAAUUUUUGUGCACGUGCGAACCAAAAGUGGAUCGCAAACAACAGAAACCGGUUUAGAUUCGAAAAAAAUGAAAAAGUAUGGUUAUCAGGUAUGACUGAGCUUACUUUAAUCCACAGCGAUGUCUCAAUUAAAAAAGGUCGUCCAAGUGUUGGUUAUAGUGAAGGAAGCGUACGGCAAAAACGAAAACUUGCUUCCGUAGUCUCGUCAGCACAGGGAAAUGACACCAAGUUAUUGCUUCAUGCUGCUUCAAUUGCAGCUCAGUCAUCUAAAGAAAAUGAUUUGAAUUUUGUUUUAAAAAAAGCAGUUUCAUCACCAACAAGACCAACUAAAAUUAGACAAAUGCUUUCUUGUGAUGAUAAAAAGCCUAUAAUGCUAUCACCUGAAGAAGCAUUACUGUUUUUGAUAGAAAAUAAUUUGACAAAACAGCAAUAUAUUAAUAUAAGGGAAUUAAAUAAAUCACAUAACUGUGAUAUUUUCCCUAGUUACCCAAAAAUUCAAGAAUACAAGCUACAAUGUAGACCGGAAGGAUUAAGUGUAACAGACUCGUUGGCAGAAAUUCCUCUACAAAACUUGGUUAAUCACACAGCAAAGAGAAUUUUAUCGUACCAAGAAGAAGUUUUACUAUUAAUACCUGAACUUAAUGAAGUCACAUUAGUUCUUAGUUAUGGUUUCGAUGGUUCCACAGGUCAAAGUUCCUUUAAGCAAAUGUUUAACAGCGAUUCCCCUGAAAGUUUAGAUAGCUCACUCUUUGUAACUUCAGUUAUUCCAUUGAAAUUAAUAUCGUCGAAUAACGCAAUCGUUUGGAAAAAUCGUACUCCUCAAUCUGUUCGAUUUUGUCGACCACUUAAAAUUGAAUUUAUAAAGGAAACUAAGGAGCAUAUUUUGAAAGAAAAACACAAUAUAGAUCUUCAGAUAUCAAACCUUGAGCAUUUAGAAUAUUCUUUAUCAAAUGGUAAAAUAAUUUCAGUAAAGUAUGAACUUAUUAUGACAUUAAUAGACGGAAAAGUCCUAAACGUGUUAACUGGAACAAAGUCUUCUCAAUCAUGUCCAAUAUGUGGGGCAAAUCCAAAGCAGUUUUUGUUAAUAAAGGAUUUAAACUCAUCGGUGUUUCAGCCCAAAUUAAAUACAUUAAAAUACGGUAUAAGCCCAUUGCAUGCCUGGAUUCGAUGUCUUGAGUUUGUUUUAAAUCUUUCAUAUAGACUUCCUGUUAAAAAAUGGCAAAUUCGAAAUGCACAGGACAAAUCGCUGAUGCAACAAAGAAAACGUAAAAUUCAAGAACAGUUUUGGAACAAAAUGGGUCUUCAUGUCCAUAAGCCGAAAAGUAAUGGUAGCGGGACAACAAAUGAUGGAGAAAAUGCUUCUGAGGCGAGAAACAAAUUCUAUAAGAAGGACAGAAUCGAACAUGCUCGAAAAGAUUCCAGAGUACAUAAUAUAACAGAUGUUUUUAACAGGGCUAUGGAUUCAUCUGAUCCAUUAUUAUCAAGUAUUUAUAUCAAAAAACGCCAUUCUGCAAAAAGAAAGUUACAGCUUCCGAGAGAAGUGAUUUCACUUUUAAAGAUCCCAGAGGUUCCUGAAUAUCAGUUGCCAUCUACGUCAAGUGCCACCGAAAAUGAAACAUUUACUGAUUCUGAAGAGGAGCAGAUUCUUCCCGUAAUUAAUUUGGAAUUAGAAAUUGAUGAAAUGUUUGAAGAUUUUGAGUUGGAGUAAAUCUGGAAGUUACUUUAAACCAACUACAAAUUUUAUUACUUAUUAACUAAAUUUAUUGUGAAACAUCUUUAUUUUGUAAACUAUUAAUUAUGAAAAUAAAAAACUUUUCUUCAUCAAAAUCACUUACUUAUUUUUUAAUUAAUGGCCCGCCCACUUUAUGUGGGCAUGGUUGUGAUUGGGCUGACCUAUAAAUAUUACUCCAGUUUUAAAAAUCAUCAAUCAAAAUAAUUUUAUUACACAUUAUUUAAAGUAAUAUUAUUUUUCUUAGAUGCAACAUAACAUUCCUCUAAAAGUGGGCGUGGCACUUACAGAUCGAGUUGAAAUUUUUACUGUAGUCUUCUAUUGGCCUAAUAGUUAAAUGUGCAAAAUUUCAAGGCUCUAGCUGUUUCCUGCGAUUUGUUGCCUCGAAAACUGGUCAUUCUGCCUAUAGUGAUUCGUUUGGUUCGAGUAUUCAACUUAAUCACUGAUAAUAACUGAGAAUUGUUAUUCAUUUUAUUAAGUAUUUAAGAUUAUUACUUAUAAUAUUUAGUUCAGCCGG